GAAAGAUUUCGAAACGUCAGUUGUAGAAUAUUAUACAUAGGUAACAUUACAUAGCAUUUUUGAUAUUAAAUAAAUCUUUUUGUAGUUGAGAAAAAUGGAGUGCUUACUUGGUAUUAAAUUUGACGAUUUUGUGCUGAUUGCGGCUGAUAUGACUGCAGCUCAGAGUAUUAUUGUAAUGAAAACAGAUGAGAAUAAACUUCAUGAACUAUCAAAUAAACUUGUUAUGGCUGUAUCAGGAGAACCUGGAGAUACUACACAAUUUGCAGAAUAUAUUGCAAAGAAUAUUCAACUUUAUAAAAUGAGAAAUACAUAUGAGUUGAGUCCCAAAGAAGCCGCAACUUUCACGCGAAGAAAUUUAGCAGAUGCAUUACGAAGCAGGACUCCAUAUCAUGUAAAUCUUCUUCUGGCUGGAUAUGAUGAAGAAGAUGGUCCCCAAUUGUACUAUAUGGACUACUUAGCAUCUAUGGCAUGUGUAGAUUAUGCAGCUCAUGGUUAUGGAGGAUUUUUUUCACUUUCUAUUAUGGAUCGGCAUUAUUUGAGAUCACUAAGUAAAGAACAAGGAUAUGAGCUUUUAAAAAAAUGUGUAAAAGAAGUACAUGAGAGACUUAUCAUCAAUCUGCCCAACUUCAAAGUUCAGUGUAUUGAUAAAAAUGGAAUACAAGAUCUACCGGAUAUUACAAGAAAAGAUUUGAUGUCAACUUAACCUAUGCGGCUGAGACAAUGCAUAUAACAAAAAAAGAAGAAAAUAGUGGACACCAUUUGAAGACAAAUCAAGGAGAGGACCAAAAAUAAGAUAAGGAGACCCAGGUUAAUAUGGAUUUAAAGACUAUGAAUUUUGAGGAAACUAAAUAGAAAGUAAAAAGUAGUUAUGAAAUGAUUUUAAAUUUUACUUUGUUUAUUAUUGGAUAACUAAUACUCUAUUUAUCGAAGAAAAUCAAGACACAUUUAUGCAAAGCCAAGCAUGGAACAGGACCGCAUUAAAGAAAUAAUUUGCAGUUUCAUACAGCAGAUUAAUAAUAUAAAUAAUUAUGCACAAUUAUUAUUACAAAAAUAUACAAUGUAAACCUGAAGUUUGAAAUAGAUUUAAAGUGAACAGCCAUAUUCAUUUAAAAAUUCAAAAAUAUGUGUAUUGAAACAUCAAAAUAGAAUCUUCAUUUUUAACCUCAAUAAACACAUUUUGUUAUUCCCAAUCAAAUGACAUGGAGUUUCUUCUGUCGUCAAUAUUUAUAAUAGGAGGCUCAACUUGGUUCACUAUGUUUCUUCGAUAAAUAGACUUUAUUGUACUUAUAAACCAAUAUAGCGUUCUAUAUAUCAAUAUUUUACUCUGUAGAUUUUUAUGGAUCUAUUUAUAUCUUAUAAAUAAAAACAUCAAGUUUU